AUGUUGUCCUUUUUUCUCUGGGCGAUCUUGUGGAUGCUUAUCCACAAGUUGUCCCAUCUGAAGAUUGUCGCUCUUGAUCCCGUCAUAGAAGCACUCUUCGAUAGAGACUUUAUCCUUCGCGUCUUGAAAGCAGUUCAGCCGUGCGGUGGUUUCCGAUAUUACCUGCUUAACGAAUACGAUCCGGAAUUGCAAGAGGUGAUUGCCUUCACUGCUUACUGCAUGCAAAGGAGAGGCCGUGCAACUCCCAAAUACCAGCAGAAGAACGCGUUUGGCCAGUGCUGCACGAGUGCCUUUAAUUAUCACGGCGCCGUAAAGGACGAAAUCGACCGUGCCACUGAUUCGUUUGGUCAUUCAGCAUGGAGAACGUGA